UAAGUUAGUCAUUUGCCACCAAGAUAUUUGCCAAUUUCAUGUGUAUAACAAUAUUACUGAUAAUCAUGAAAAUUUUUGCUUUUAUAUUUUCAAGCAAGUUAUCUUGGUAUUACCCACAUUUGAAUGUGCUCAAUCGGUAAAAGAGGUCACAAGAAAAAUAUAUGUACUUUUCAUCUUUACAGAUGACAAGUCGGAUUUUUUUCUAGAAACACCACUAAAAAUAAAAAAAUUCCAAAAAUACCAUCCAGUUUUGAAAAAUUCCAAAAAUACCACCCUUUCCCAAAAACCACCACACAACCCAACGGUUUACACGAAAACCGCAGGGUGGGGAUGCGGGUAGGGGCGGUUUGGCCCAAUUUUUUUUCAAUCAAUCCUAACCUAGGUGGAAACUUCAAACGAACGUAUCUUUGUGCUCGGAUAUCCAAUCAUAGCGAUUUUUUUUAUUCUGCAUAACUUUUCGAGAUCUUGCAAGCCGCAACCUGCCAAGUCCUGCCUUGUCACGAAAAAAUGUCGUUUGUUACCCCGAAAGAGCAAUUUUCAAUUUUGCCAAACUUUGGACGACCAUAACUUUGUGCUCCAAAAUUCAAAUGUUACAAACAUUUUUUAAUUAGCAAAUUGAUUUAGAUGAACAUAUUUAAAUCACUACUCUAAAUUUAGCCUAGAAAUUUUAGCCCCAAAGAUUUUUCGUCUAAAAAAAACAAUGAAACCUAAAAAUCUAAAGCAUAAUAGACUAAAAGAAAUUUGAGGUUUGUUACCUUGAAAAUUUACUAGACAACUGGUGGUAUAGGGAUGGACACAUAAUGCAAAUUGAUAUUGAUUUGUCUAGUGUUGACGCUGCUCUUUUCAACAACUACUAUAGAGAGAACCUGGGAGAACCUUUUGAACCAACAAACAUGUAAAAACUGAUUUGCACAAUAAAUGAGCGAUGAAUUUCUUGCCAAUUGCUCAAGUAUUUUAUUUGGUACAGUGUAUACUAUUGGUAUGGAUGUGGACUACAUUAUUGAUGCAUUUGCUAAAUUAAGAUAUUGUAGUGUACAAUUUACAUUGUAAAAAAAUAUAAUCAUUAAUUUUUUGUAUGGUUAUAAUUUUCUAAUAAAAUGCGGCUCAGUUCUCUUUUGUGUUUUAGAUCCGCCACUACGGGUAGUGGUUAACCACUAUCCACUAUGAGAUGAGUUGUGAAUAACAUAAUUUUAUAUUUGUGAAUGUAAUUACCUGUAAAAUGUGAGACGGGUAACCACACCCAUCCCAAUUUUCACUAGCAAUAAGGACGAGAUUUAGCAAUCCCCAACCGAAAACCCCUCGCGUCGCUCAACUUGCUGCGCACGGUGCGUGCUAAAGGCACAAAAUAUAAAAUAUAAAACCGCUUUGUAAGUUCUGUACCCUUCGGCUUAUCAAGCCGGUUUCUACCCGGCAUAUCCACCGUACAAUUGAUAUCCAAGGGCGCACAAAAAUUGACACUCUCAUGAAAUAAAUCAAUAAAUCAACUAAACGAAAAUUAUUAAAACCGAAAUGCGUUUUCUGACAAUUUACAACAGCAACUAACCGCUCUUUAUUUCGCGCAGUCGGUACACGCGAAAAGCUCCGCCUCGUUUCCCCUUCCUCACCUCGGCGAGGACUCCUCGAUUUUCCUCUGUCGUCGCAUUUGGUGGCUUCUGGCGGCAUUUAUCCGACUCGCAGUCGGUCGAAUUUGACAUUCGCCGAAUUGAGAUAGUCGUUAACGGCCGAGAUCCUUUACCUCUUGCGCUUCGGUCAUUUCCGGUCACGGUCAGGUGCGUUCUCGAUUAGCUAGCUUUUUAAAUCUCGGUCCUCGGUUGUUUCCGAAGAGCGUCUUAUGGAAUUUUCAGUGGGAUCGCGCCUUAGUUUUCCUUCUGUGCAUGCGAGUGAUCCUGCUUUCGUUUUGUGUUUAGAGGAAUUUAGGUUUAGGAUUAACGAGUUAUCCAAUACUUUGGGUGGUAGCUUGAUAAUGGUAUACUCUGCGUGAUGGUUUUGAUUUUGAUCAUUCCUUUCAUCAAUCAAAUCAAAGGUGACUGAUGGUUGCAAUCAUUUAUGUGUAGGUUCCAGUGUCGUCGGUUCUUCUGGGGCUGUCUCAUUGCUUGUUGGAAGUCAGCUCAGAGUCAGAUAUGAGCUCCCAAACCAGAAGCGAUAGAAGGGACAGGUCUAGAUUACCCUCUCAAGCCGUGCGCCAGACUUGGGUUCCCAGAGGACAUGGCCCCUCCACAGUUUCCUUAAAUCUACCUCCUCCGACUUCCAUUUCCAAUGUCGAUGAAAGAGGCACCAGUCAUUCAACCGUCCCUGAAUCAAGACACAGAGGCACCAGUCAUUCAGCUGUCCCGGAUCCAAGACCCAUAGGCACCAGUAAUUAUGUUGCUCCUGAACCCAGACCCAGAGGCAUCAGUAAUUCUUCUCGGAAUAAUGUGGGUCGCCCCACAAACCACAGGAGGGAUAAGGAAAGGGAGAAAGGUCAGUCACAAACUUUGAAAGAGUUGAAGGAUGCAAAUAUGCCACAACUGGUGCAAGAAAUUCAGGAGAAACUUGCAAAGAGCACUGUUGAGUGUAUGAUUUGUUAUGAUAUGGUGCGAAGGUCUGCUCCUAUUUGGUCUUGUUCCAGCUGUUACUCCAUUUUUCAUCUCAAUUGUAUCAAGAGAUGGGCUAAGGCUCCUACUUCCGUCGACUUGUCUGCCGAUAAAAACCAGGGUUUUAACUGGCGCUGCCCGGGCUGCCAGUACGUGCAACUGACACCAUUGAAAGAGAUUCGUUAUGUUUGCUUUUGUGGGAAAAGAACAGAUCCACCCUCUGAUUUGUACUUGACUCCUCAUUCAUGUGGUGAGCCAUGUGGGAAGCCCCUCGAGAAGCAUUUGCCAGGCACCAACUUCGAGAGUAAUAAUGAGGAUUCUUGCCCUCAUAUCUGUGUGUUGCAGUGCCAUCCAGGUCCAUGCCCACCUUGCAAAUCAUUUGCUCCACAACGCUUGUGCCCUUGUGGGAAGAGCACCAUCACCACUAGGUGCUCUGAACGUCAAUCUGUUCUCACAUGUGGUCAGCAAUGUGAUAAGCUUCUCGAUUGUCAGCGUCAUCGUUGUGAAAGGAUUUGCCAUCUUGGUCCUUGUGAUCCGUGCGAAAUUCCGGUUACAGCUUCAUGUUUUUGUAAGAAAAAAGAGGAGGAUAUAUUAUGCGGAGACAUGUCUGUGAAGGGAGAGGUGAAUGUUGAAGAAGGUGUCUUUUCUUGCAAUUUCAUGUGUGGGAAGAUGCUUGCUUGUGCUAACCAUGAAUGUACUGAAGUAUGUCAUCCAGGUCCUUGUGGAGAUUGUGAUUUGAUGCCAGGAAGGGUCAAGUCUUGUUAUUGUGGGAAGACGAGCUUGGUGGAGGAAAGGAAGUGUUGUUUGGACCGGAUCCCUAACUGUAUGCAGGUUUGUGGCAAGCUCCUUCGCUGUGGGGUUCACAACUGUACGGACCUGUGCCAUUCUGGAGAUUGCCCUCCUUGUAUGGUCAAUGUCACCCAAAGUUGUUGUUGUGGAUCAACAUCAAGAACUGUGGCCUGCUAUAAAAAAAGUGAUAUCAAUGAACAGUUCAAGUGUGACAAGCCUUGUGGACGGAAGAAGAAUUGCGGGAGACAUCGGUGUAGUGAACGUUGCUGCCCUCUUUCUAAUAACUCAACUACUUCUUUCUCUGAAGACUGGAAUCCGCACUUAUGCCAAAUGGCCUGUGGCAAGAAGUUGAGGUGUGGCCUGCAUUCUUGUGAGUCAGUAUGUCACAGUGGUCAUUGCCCUCCUUGUCUCGAGACAAUCUUUGUUGAUCUGAGCUGUGCAUGUGGAAGGACUUCAAUCCCUCCCCCCUUGCCCUGUGGUACACCACUACCAUCAUGUCAACUCCCCUGUUCGGUUCCUCGGCUUUGUGGUCAUGCAGCUUCUCAUAACUGCCACCAUGGAGACUGCCCGCCUUGUUCUGUCCCUAUUGCAAAGGAGUGUGUUGGUGGACAUGUGGUUCUCAAAAACAUACCUUGCGGUUCGAAAAAUAUAAGGUGCAACAAGCUCUGUGGUAAAACUAGGCAGUGUGGUCUUCAUGCAUGUGGGCGGACAUGUCAUCCAGCACCGUGCGACUCUUCAUCUUCCUCUGAAGUAGGAGCAGGGAGAGCUUCUUGUCGCCAGAUAUGUGGGGCCCCCAGAAGGGACUGCAGGCAUACUUGUGCUGCACUUUGUCAUCCUACUGCUCCUUGCCCCGAUGCCAGAUGUGAGUUUCCAGUCACAAUUACUUGCUCAUGUGGGAGGAUAGCAGCCAGUGUUCCUUGUGAUGCUGGAGGGACAAGUGGUGGUUUCAGUGCUGAUACAGUUUUUGAAGCUUCAAUAGCCCAGAAGCUACCAGCACCCCUUCAGCAAGUGGAAUCAGCAACUGGUAGUAAGAAGAUUCCACUUAGCCAAAGGAAGCUUACUUGUGAUGAAGAAUGUGCUAAAUCAGAACGGAAGAAGGUUCUUGCUGAUGCUUUUGACAUUAAUACCCCCAACUUGGAUGCUCUUCAUUUUGGCGAGAACUCGGCUGUUUCCGAGUUGCUUUCGGAUUUAUAUAGGCGUGAUCCAAAAUGGGUUCUUGCUGUUGAAGAGAGGUGCAAGUGCCUUGUCCUUGGUAAGAACAGGGGGGGAACUGUGGGUGGUGGUCUUAAGGUUCAUGUCUUCUGCCCGAUCCUGAAGGACAAGAGAGAUGCAAUUAGGCUGAUAGCAGAGAGGUGGAAGCUAGCAAUCAAUGUUGCUGGGUGGGAACCCAAGCGGUUUGUUGUUCUUCAUGCAACUCCCAAGUCUAGACCACCACAACGAGUGAUUUGUGUCAAAGGGGUAGCUACUGCCACGAGUCUGCACCCACCUGCUUUUGAUGCCCUUGUUGACAUGGAUCCCAGGCUUGUUGUUUCUUUCCUUGAUUUGCCUAGGGAGUCGGACAUAAGCUCUUUGGUGCUUAGAUUUGGUGGGGAGUGUGAGCUGAUAUGGCUGAAUGAUAAGAAUGCAUUGGCGGUUUUCAACGAUCCUGCUCGCGCAGCAACUGCCCUUAGGAGGUUGGAUCAUGCAUCUGCUUAUCAUGGUGUCGUUGUGAUUCUUCAGAACAGUGGUGCAGCAGCUAAUGCAUGGAGUAACCCCAAAGAUGGAGUGACUGCAGCAUUGAAGGGAAAUAAUGCAUGGAAAAAGGCUGUUGGUGAAGAUGUUUGGGGUGGUGAAGAGCAGCCUAGUGGAUCCAGUGAUUCUUCUCCUUGGAAACAAAAGGAAGUAGCUUCUGCAAUUACUGCUUCGGUUAAUCGCUGGAGCAUUCUAGACACUGUGACGGCUUCCAGCACUGCUGCUGCUGCUGCUUCAUCGGUGGUUAGAAGUGAGGCCCGAGGUGGGGCUCUUCUUGAUUCAGUAGUAAUUAGGCCAUCAUCCGAGCAGUUGGAAGUGGCAGAUGACUGGGAGAAAGCUUUUGACUUGGAGAACAAUAUGCAACAGGGGUAAACGCCCAAUCUAGUUUGUGAUUCAUCGGGGAUCUUGGUCCUUUAGAAUCGACACAGGGGUUUACUGGUCAUAUCCUGCAUGCUUACUUUCCGUUGAUAAUCUUGGUUCGCUAGCCUUGCCCAUUCACUUAGUCGAGUUAAGUUUUGUAUCAGAAUGCUCAACGUUCUAUUGAGAACGUAGAGAGAGGUAGACUUGAGUUCAUUGGCUUCCAGCCAUGUAUGUAGUAACAGAAGGCCUUGGGAAGAGGCGAGGUUUCUGAUUUCUGUAUUCCACUAAAGCUUUAGGUGGAGAUAUUUUCUGCUUCCUUUUUCUGGAAGCAGCAUUGUGAAAUUGGGAAGCAAAUGUGAUAAUGAUCAAAGAUGAAAUAUGACUCUUAUUUGGCCUUUAUUAAGGCAGAUAGCAAAAAUGUUUUCCCCAUUCAACUCAUGCUUACUAGUGUGAUUGAUGGGCCGCAGUAAGUAUUUAAUGUCAUAUGCUUCAUAUGGUUAUUAUGGGUCAUCUAAAGCAUGUGUUUGUUACUUCUUUAGGUUUCCUAGAGUCUCUUUGAGCUGAUAAAUAUAUUGAAGAUCA